CGGAAGUAAAUCAGAAUGUUGUGGUUUUGCCGCUGGAAGAGAAAGGAAACUAGCAGCUGGUUAGUUAGCUAACUAGUUAGAAUGUUUAGUCGUUGGAUUUUGUGAGAUUGAUUAACAAGAGGUUUCUCGAGAACAAGGACCAAUUGAAUCGUAAUCACGAAGUAAGGUGUGAUCUAUGUGAAAGUAUUAGUUUAGCUGUAUUUAUAUUAGAUCAGUCAACAGUCGUUAGCUAGCAUACCGCCUGGUAGCCACAGUUAGCUAGUUAGCUAAAUCAUGCCAACCGAGUGCAGCUUUGGUGCAGCACAUACUAGCCAGUAAAUUAGCUAACGUUCACAGCUUCACACUUCAAAUUUGCUAUGUCAUAGUGAAUAGCUAGCUAGGUACACUCAUUGAUAUGUUAAUGUCACGUUAAGACGUUACGUUCCAACAAUAUUUAAGGAUCCGACUCAUUCAUUUUAAGCUUUUUGCGGUCAAAAUAGUGUCAUUUCAGAGUCAAAUAGAUAGGGAUCCUAUAGAAUUAUUAUAAUUCCUAAUUCCUUGGUCAAAUACAGGUAGUUAACUAGCUAACCUAGGUAUCUUUUUAAGAUAGCUGCCUAGCUAGUAGUCUGAUUUAAUCAGGCUGUAAUACACAAUUAAUUGGUAUAUAGAGUACAGUGCCUUUAAAGUAUUCACACCCCUUUUCCACAUUUUGUUGUGUUACAAGGUGGGAUAAAAUUGACUUAAUUGUCGUUUUUUUGUCAAUGAUCUACACAAAAUAGUCUGCGAUGUCAAAGUGGAAGAAAAAUUCUAAACUUUGUAAAAAAUGUAUGAAACAUUAAACACUAAUAUAGCUUGUUUAGAUACAUAUUCAACCCCCUGAGUCAAUACAUGUUAGAAUAACCUUUUGGCAGCGUUUACAGAUGUUUUUCUGGUUUAAAGCUGUGAGUUUUUCUUAGGUUAUUGUCCUGCUUAAAGGUGAAUUUGUCUCCCAGUGUUUGUUGGAAAGCUAAAAAACUUAAACUCCCUAGUCCUUGCUGAUGACAAGCAUACCCAUAACAUGAUGCAGCCACCACCAUGCUUGAAAAUAUGAAGAGUGGUACUCAGUGAUGUGUUGUGUUGGAUUUACCCCAAACAUAAUGCUUUGUAUUCAGGACAUAAAGUUAAUUUCUUUGCCACAUUUUUUGCAGUUUUACUUUAGUGCCUUAUUGCGAACAGGAUGCAUUUUUUUGAAUAUAUUUUUUUCUGAACAGGCUUCCUUUUCACUUUGUCAUUUAGGUUAGUAUUGUGGAGUAACUACAAUGUUGUUGAUCCAUCUUAUUUUUUAUCCUAUCACAACCAGUAAACUCUGCAACUGUUUUAAAGCCACCAUUGGUCUCAUGGUGAAAUCCCUGAGAGGUUUCCUUCUGCUCCGGUAACUGAGUUAGGAGAGACACCAGUAUCUUUGUUGUGACUGGGUGUAUUGAUACACCAGCCAAAGUGCAAUUAAUAACUUAACCAUGCUCAAAUGGAUAUUCAAUGUCAGUUUCUUUUUUUUUAACCCAUCUACCAAUAGGUGCCCUUCUUUGCGAGGCAUUGGAAAACCUCCCUGGUCUUUGUGGUUGAAUCUGUUUGAAAUUCACUGCUCGACUGAGGGACCUUACAGAUAAUUGUAUGUGUGGGGUGCAGAGAUGAGGUAGUCAUUCAAAAAUAUAACAUUAUUUUUGAAUGACUACCUCAUCUCUGUAACCCACACAUACAAUGACCUGUAAACAGAGUGAGUCCAUGCAACUUAUGUGACUUGUUAAGCACAUUUUUACUCCUGAACUUAUUUAGGAUUGCCAUAACAAAGCCGUUGAAUUCUUAUUGACUGAAGACAUUUCAGCUUUUUAUUUUUUAAAUAAUUUGUAAAAAUGAAGAAAAAAACUAAGGCCUAAUUCCACUUUCACAUUCUGGGUAAUUGUGUGUCAAGGGGUGUGAAUACUUUCUGAAGGAAAAGCAUUACCAACAGAGUGAAUGUGAAAAUGGAUUCAAAAUGGUCACCCAUUUGCAGGAUGAUUUGACAUUUUUAUCUAAAAGCAUAAUUGAUCAAAGUUGGCAUAUUUAUUACAUUUUGGCCUUACCUAGGCCUCUAAUACUCCAUAGUGUUUCAUCUGUAGGUGCUACAAAUCAAACAUUGGUGUCAUAUGAAGCUUUACCGCUUGCUCUGUAAUAUGUAGUAUUUAGGUUUCAGUAACUUUUUUACAUUAAUUUAUGAAUAUUGACAACAUACAAUUUGAUUUGGCAAAUGUUUCACUAUAUUGUUGAACAUAAUAUAUUCUACGGCCAUAUCAAAGUUACAGAGUGGACUCUCUGCGACUUUGAUAGUGAUGAUCCAAUUUGUAAGCAUUACCAACAGAGUGAAUGUGAAAAUGGAUUCAAAAUGGUCACCCAUUUGCAGGAUGAUUUGCAAGAUGUGCAAUGAUACAAGUAAAAGGAGGGCUGUGAUUGGUAACAUUGCCUAGUAUUCAAUUUUCUCUCUAUAAAAUGGGCCAUAACUUGAAAUCUAGCAGAGAUCCCACUCUGGAACUUGAAUAAAGGUGUGGGUUGUUCUCAAUCCUCCCCUGAUUCAGAAUAUUCAUUCAUUGUCAUGGCAUGCUUGGUUCAAUAGCUAUUGACGAGGGAACCAAAUAUCCAAUAUAAAACACAUUUUACGUCGGUGCAGUACCAAACCAAAUACCUAACCCAUAUACCUACCUGCACUCUAAAAAGUGGGCAAAAAAAUACUUUCCUGUGGAUAUUUUGUCUCAAGUCUGAGCAGCUGAAGUACAAACUGCACAGACAACCAGUAGAGUAAAUUUAAAUGUCAUUUUAUUAAACAUUCUGGCUUGUAAGGAACAUUUACACGAUUUUGCAGGUAUUAGUUUCAGGCUGUAUAUACCAAUUAAGUGAUUAAUCAGACUACCCAGCUAGUAACCUCUCCAGAGGCACCUUCUUAUGUCACUUACGAUUAAUGAUAUACAGUAGCUAACCUCGUUAAGAUUGCUUGACUAUGAAAAAGUAGACUGCUCUAACUUUGCCAUUUACAACAUAAAAUGGUGUGCUUGUGUGAAUGUGUGUUGGUUUGCACAUUGCAGCUUUGACAAUGUGUGGACCAUACACAAGAUAGUAGCUCCAUCUUCAUAGACAUGGACAGUACACUGGAGAACUUGGAGCCCAGCAGCCCACUUCAGGACUUGGAGGAACUAGACACCAUGGGACUCCUGAAUCAUGCAUGCCUACUGGAUGAGAGUGACCUGCUCUUUGGUGAUCUCACCGAUGGUGGCACCCUCAACGAGCUCCCUGUCGUCAUCCUUGAGACGCCCAGGUACACUGCUGCUGACUGAUAUAGAGCAUAUUAUGGUUCUGUAUUUACUAGGAACGCUUACUACCAUCGGUGCAAUAAAGAUCCAGCUCCCGUUUCUGUCUGUGUAGUCUUGCUUCGUAAGGUAAUGUCAAUAGCUAUAUUCCUCAAAAUGUUCUCAUUUUGCUUGUGCAGCCCUCAGUGCCUCAGAAGGAGACGGCGGUACAAUGGGUUUGAAAACUUUGGAUCGGUAAGUAGAAUACAGUCUGAAGGCAACACUUUACUAUAAAAUCCAAGUGUGACAUCUCUUGCAACAGAAAUGCAAAGUUGACUCACUGAAUGUAGCCACAGCCUGACCUUGCCCUUUUUUUGCAGGCUGCUAUCCUCAGCCCACCUCACAGUCGAGAGGACAAAUCUCUCAUCAUGACCCCCACUUCUCAUCAGAUGUCAAAACGCAAAAAGCUGUCUGUGCCAGCCACCAGCAUGAGAGGUGAAGCCAAACCGGGCACCUCGUGGGCAACCAGUGGUUUUGUCGCUGCUUCGUCUCUCAUGACAACAGACUCAUCUCUGGCUACCUGGCUGGAACCUCCUCUCCCCCCCUCUAUGCCUUGUUCUUAUUCAUCAUCACCACCCUCAUCCUCCCUUGGUGCGCCCCCUGCCUCACAGGAAGUGACAGCCGGGGAAGGGUUUUGCAGAAACACAUCGUCUCAGGCCCCUGUGGCAGAAUCCACAGUGGAACCUGGGCUCCCUAGUUACAACAGAGGCAGGAAGAGGACCUGUAAAAGAGCAGCCUCUACCAAGUCCAGCUCCAAGGCCUCUACAUUUGUCCAAGCCCCAACAAACCUCACCACAGACUCGGUGUCAUUCCUGCCAGGCACAGAGAAAGAGAGUAAUGUAGCUGGCUGGGAGGUACCUCUCUCUACGGGUAAGAAGAUGACACACAUACUAAGGUGAAAAUAAGUUUAGCUCCUUGAUAGCAUGCUACUUCGAAAUGUUGCGGACCCCUGAUAUAGACUAUGUAGACCUAAAGACUAACUGCAGAGUAGAUUCUAGAUACUUUUUAAGUGACUCUCACUACACAUUGACCAACCUGACUCAAACAGAAUGCACAGACAACAGUAGAACCAUAAGCUUAUCCUUGGUGUGUCUCUGGACCCUCUGACUACUCUUCUCUCAACAGCUGAUGCAAUGCCGCACAAAUAUGACGAGAUGGUCAUCAGUGACAACGAUGAUGAUGUCGUUGUAGAGGCCAUGGUUCGCUCAGUGCAGUUGGAGGAAGAUGAGGCGUUUGCGCGCAGUCUUCAGGUAGGGAAAACUCGAAGGGUACCACUUAUCUCUUUAAAACAAGCUUGCUUUAAGUCAACACUGGUCUACAACACACUGUUGGGUUCUCUACUUAAGGCUAAUUCAAUCUUAAUCAGUACAUUCAGGAUUGGAACUGAAUGAUUUCACAUAAAACCAUAAAAGCUUCAGUCUCUUGAUUGGUCUGUGUGAUGAUGGAUUUGUGUUCUCUCUGUAGGAACAGUUUGACAGAGAGGAGCAACUGCAGCAGGAACAAAGGAGACAGCAGGAAGCCAUGCCCCCCAACAGACCCCACCACCACCACAACUACCCAGUGAGUAUUAUGUCCAAAAGCAAGUACACACUCAAUGUGACACUGAACAGGGAAUCCGCUGUAAACAUGUUUUAUUAGAGUUUUCUGAUUUGUAUUUUGAAUUGCACUGCUGUGUGACCUGGUCUGAUUGCUGUGUUGUCCCCAUCCAGUAUGAUCCUCAUUUAGGGAUGAACUGGAUGUCGCCCUGGCCCUCAGCAGUGAACUACGCAGCGUUUUCCCCUCUCGUUGCGGGAUUAGAGGAAGGUAUGUUACUUGAACAACAACCACAAUAUUGUGACAUUUACUGGUAAGCUUGAUUGACUACUUAGUUCGAAAACAGUUUUGUUGCUGUGGUGUGUAUGUGUGUUGAUAACUGUGUGUUGAAUCAUUCAGAGUUGAUGGGAAGGCGCAGAGGAAGAGGCCGAUCUCGUGCUCCUCGUCGCAGAAACCCCCGUCAUGCGGUCCCUUCCCUCUUUGAUGACAGUCAAGGAGACAACUAUGAGGUACAACCUGCCUGGGUCCAUUAGGGAAACAAACUAAACGUUAGUCCUCCCCAUGUAGGCAUCACACUUUAUGUUUUGCAGUCAAACUCUUACAUAGAUUAUCCUUCAAGCCUUCACAUGUAGGAUGAUAAUGUUCAAUUUAGCAUUGAAGUUCUUGCAUUGAUUUCUGUCUUGCAUCCCUAGUAACCCUAUUAUUGUCUUAAUAAUGUGGGUUUUGGUUAAUGUGUGUAUGCUCUGUUUUGAUCUCUCAGGCUCUACUGGCCUUUGAAGAGGGCCAGGGUGCUGUUGUGGCUAAGAAAACCCUGAGUGAGAGAGAGAUCGAGAGGCUGCCUACGAAAAUCUACGACCUAGCACAUAGUGCAGGAAAGACACAGUAAGUCACAAACGAGUACGUUCUCCAUAAUGUAAGAAGGGUCUGAGCACAGGAUUUUGCUCCAGCCAAAGCAGUGUCACAUCUGAUUUAAACUUUUAGUACUUCUGACAAAUGUGUCUGAAGUCGUAUACUGAUUAAGAGGAUCAAAUCUGUAUCAGCAUAGCCGAUGUCCCCUUAUAGCGCGAGCGCACAGUACAUGCCUCUUGCCUGCUCCACUUACUUAUUGCUAGAGCACUGGGACUCUGGGCUGCAACAUGUUAGCUCCCCAAUCAUGCUGCACAGAAGUUAAAGGAAAGAUUCACCCAUUUUGAAUGUUAUAUUGCUUUUGUGCAUCUCUGAGCUCUGUUCUAUCGAUUCCCGGGUCAUUUCAUGUUUUCAUGUGUAUCUGAGCUAUUACCGUUCAAGCAGGCAGAAAGUUGGCCGGUUUGACGUAGCAUUGCAAUAAAGCCGCUCUGACUAAACAGGAAGUUAAUAGGAAUACAAAUCAAAUUUGAUUGGUCGCGUACACGUAUUUUGCAAGUGUUAUUGCAGGUGCAGAGAAAUGCUUGUUUCUAGCUCUAGCUCCAACAAGUGCAGUAAUACCUAACAAUACACACAAAUCCAAAAAAUAAAAAGAAAGAAAUUGUUGAAGUCGGAAGUUUACAUACACCUUAGCCAAAUACAUUUAAACUCAGUUUUUCACAAUUCCUGACAUUUAAUCCUAGUAAAAAUUCCCUGUCUUAGGUCAGUUAGGAUCACUACUUUAUUUUAAGAUUGUGAAAUAAUAGAAUAAUAGUAGAGAGAAUGAUUUAUUUCAGCUUUUAUUUCUUUCAUCACAUUCCCAGUGGGUCAGAAGUUCAGACACUCAAUUAGUAUUAGGUAGCAUUGCCUUUAAAUUGUUUAACUUGGGUCAAACGUUUCGGGUAGCCUUCCACAAGCUUCCCACAAUAAGUUGGGUGAAUUUUGGCCCAUUCCUCCUGACAGAGCUGGUGUAACUGAGUCAGGUUUGUAGGCCUCCUUGCGCGCACACGCUUUUUCAGUUCUGCCCACACAUUUUCUAUAUGUUUGAGGUCAGGGCUCUGUUUCCUCCAGCAUCUUCACAAGGUCCUUUGCUGUUGUUCUGGGAUUGAUUUGCACUUUUCGCACCUAAGUACAUUAAUCUCUAGGAGACAGAAAGCGUCUCCUUCCUGAGCGGUAUGACGGCUGCGUGGUCCCAUGGUGUAUAUACUUGCGUACUAUUGUUUGUACAGGUUAAUGUGGUACCUUCAGGCGUUUGGAAAUUGCUCCCAUGGAUGAACCAAUUUUCUUUCUGAGGUCUUGGCUGAUUUCUUUUGGUUUUCCCAUGAUGUCAAGCAAAGAGGCACUGAGUUUGAAGGUAGGCCUUGAAAUACAUCCACAGGUACACCUCCAAUUGACUCAAAUGAUGUCAAUUAGCCUAUCAGAAGCUUCUAAAGCCAUGACAUCAUUUUCUGGAAUUUUCCAAGCUGUUUAAAGGCACAGUCAACUUAAUGUAUGUACACUUCUGACCCAUUGGAAUUGUGAUACAGUCAAUUAUAAGUGAAAUAAUCUGUCUGUAAACAAUUGUUGGAAAGAUUACUUGUGUCAUGCACAAAGUAGAUGUCCUAACCGACUUGCCAGAACUAUAGUUUGUUAACAAGAAAUGUAUGGAGGGGUUGAAAAAUGAGUUUUAAUGACUCCAACCUAAGUGUAUGUAAACUUCCGACUUCAACUGUAUAUACAGUGGGGAGAACAAGUAUUUGAUACACUGCCGAUUUUGCAGGUUUUCCUACUUACAAAGCAUGUAGAGGUCUGUAAUUUUUAUCAUAGGUACACUUCAACUGUGAGAGACGGAAUCUAAAACAAAAAUCCAGAAAAUCACAUUGUAUGAUUUUUAAGUAAUUAAUUUGCAUUUUAUUGCAUGACAUAAGUAUUUGAUCACCUACCAACCAGUAAGAAUUCCGGCUCUCACAGACCUGUUAGUUUUUCUUUAAGAAGCCCUCCUGUUCUCCACUCAUUACCUGUAUUAACUGCACCUGUUUGAACUUGUUACCUGUAUAAAAGACACCUGUCCACACACUCAAUCAAACAGACUCCAACCUCUCCACAAUGGCCAAGACCAGAGAGCUGUGUAAAGACAUCAGGGAUAAAAUUGUAGACCUGCACAAGGCUGGGAUGGGCUACAAGACAAUAGGCAAGCAGCUUGGUGAGAAGGCAACAACUGUUGGCGCAAUUAUUAGAAAAUGGAAGAAGUUCAAGAUGACGGUCAAUCAUCCUCCGUCUGGGGCUCCAUGCAAGAUCUCACCUCAUGGGGCAUCAAUGAUCAUGAGGAAGGUGAGGGAUCAGCCCAGAACUACACGGCAGGACCUGGUCAAUGACCUGAAGAGAACUGGGACCACAGUCUCAAAGAAAACCAUUAGUAACACACUACGCCGUCAUGGAUUAAAAUCCUGCAGCGCACGCAAGGUCCCCCUGCUCAAGCCAGCGCAUGUCCAGGCCCGUCUGAAGUUUGCCAAUGACCAUCUGGAUGAUCCAGAGGAGGAAUGGGAGAAGGUCAUGUGGUCUGAUGAGACAAAAAUAGAGCUUUUUGGUCUAAACUCCACUCGCCGUGUUUGGAGGAAGAAGAAGGAUGAGUACAACCCCAAGAACACCAUCCCAACCGUGAAGCAUGGAGGUGGAAACAUCAUUCUUUAGGGAUGCUUUUCUGCAAAGGGGACAGGACGACUGCACCGUAUUGAGGGGAGGAUGGAUGGGGCCAUGUAUCGCGAGAUAUUGGCCAACAACCUCCUUCCCUCAGUAAGAGCUUUGAAGAUGGGUCGUGGCUGGGUCUUCCAGCAUGACAACGACCUGAAACACACAGCCAGGGCAACUAAGGAGUGGCUCCGUAAGAAGCAUCUCAAGGUCCUGGAGUGGCCUAGCCAGUCUCCAGACCUGAACCCAAUAGAACAUCUUUGGAGGGAGCUGAAAGUCCGUAUUGCCCAGCGACAGCCCCGAAACCUGAAGGAUCUGGAGAAGGUCUGUAUGGAGGAGUGGGCCAAAAUUCCUGCUGCAGUGUGUGCAAACCUGGUCAAGACCUACAGGAAACGUAUGAUCUCUGUAAUUGCAAACAAAGGUUUCUGUACCAAAUAUUAAGUUCUGCUUUUCUGAUGUAUCAAAUACUUAUGUCAUGCAAUAAAAUGCAUAUGAAUUACUUAAAAAUCAUACAAUGUGAUUUUCCGUCUCUCACAGUUGAAGUGUACCUAUGAUAAAAAUUACAGACCUCUACAUGCUUUGUAAGUAGGAAAACCUGCAAAAUCGGCAGUGUAUCAAAUAAUUGUUCUCCCCACUGUAUAUAAACUCAACAAAAAAAAGAAACGUCCUCACUGUCAACUGCGUUUAUUUUCUUGUGUAUUUGUAUGAACAUAAGAUUCAACAACUGAGACAUAAACUGAACAAGUUCCACAGAUGUGACUAACAGAAAUUGAAUAAUGUGUCCCUGAACAAAGGGCCGGUCAAAAUCAAAAGUAACAGUCAGUAUCUGGUGUGGCCACCAGCUGCAUUAAGUACUGCAGUGCAUCUCCUCCUCAUGGACUGCACCAUAUUUGCCAGUUAUUGCUGUGAGAUGUUACCCCACUCUUCCACCAAGGCACCUGCAAGUUCCCAGACAUUUCUGGGGGGAAUGGCCUUAGCCCUCAUCCUCCGAUCCAAGAGGUCCCAGAUGUGCACAAUGGGAUUGAGAGCCGGGCUCUUCGCUGGCCAUGGCAGAACACUGACAUUCCUGUCUUGCAGGAAAUCACGCACAGAACGAGCAGUAUGGCUGGUGGCAUUAUCAUGCUAGAGGGUAAUGUCAGGAUGAGCCUGCAAGAAGGGUACCACAUGAGGGAGGAUAAUGUUUUCCCUGUAACGCACAGCGUUGAGAUUGCCUGCAAUGACAACAAGCUCAGUCCGAUGAUGCUGUGACACACCGCCCCAGACCAUGACGGACCCUCCACCUCCAAAUCGAUCCCGCUCCAGAGUACAGGCCUCGGUGUAACGCUCAUUCCUUCGAUGAUAAAAGCGAAUCCGACCAUCACCCCUUGUGAGACAAAACCGCGACUCGUCAGUCCAGCCUCUCUCAGCCUAUUCAGACAGUCUGAGCACUGAUGGAGGGAUUGUGCGUUCCUGGUGUAACUCAGGCAGUUAUUGUUGCCAUCCUGUACCUGUCCCGCAGGUGUGAUGUUCGGAUGUACCGAUCCUGUGCAGGUGUUGUUACACGUGGUCUGCCACUGCGAGGAUGAUCAGCUGUCCGUCCUGUCUCCCUGUAGCGCUGUCUUAGGUGUCUCACAGUACGGACAUUGCAAUUUAUUGCCCUGGCCACAUCUGCAGUCCUCAUGCCUCCUUGCAGCAUGCCUAAGGCACGUUCACGCAGAUGAGCAGGGACCCUGGGCAUCUUUCCUUUGGUGUUUUCAGAGUCAGUAGAAAGGCCUCUUUAGUGUCCUAAGUUUUCAUAACUAUGACCUUAAUUGCCUACCGUCUGUAAGCUGUUAGUGUCUUAACGACCGUUCCACAGGUGCAUAUUCAUUAAUUGUUUAUGGUUCAUUGAACAAGCAUGGGGAAACAGUGUUUUAACCCUUUACAAUGAAAUAACACAUGGAGUCAUGUAGUAACCAAAAAAUAUACACUACCGGUCAAGGUAGUGACAAGGUGGGGCAAGGUGGGGGGGGGGGGGGGGGGGGUGUAAUACAGAAGAUAGCCCUAUUUGGUAAAAGACCAAGUCCAUAUUAUGGCAAGAACAACUCAAAUCAGCAAAGAGAAACGACAGUUCAUCAUUACUUUAAGACAUGGUCAGUCAAUAUGGAACAUUUCAAGAACUUUGAACGUUUCUUCAAGUGCAGUUGCAAAAACCAUCAAGCGCUAUGAUGAAACUGGCUCUCAUGAGGACUGCCACAGAAAUGGAAGACCCAGAGUUACCUUAGAGUUCAUUAGAGUUACCAGCCUCAGAAAUUGCAGCCCAAAUAAAUGUUUCGCAGAGUUCAAGUAACAGACACAUCUCAACAUCAACUGUUCAGAGGAGACUGUGUGAAUCAUGCCUAAAUGGUCGAAUUGCUGCAAAGAAACCACUACUAAAGGACGUCAAUAAGAAGAAGAGACCUGCUUGGGCCAAGAAACAAGAGCAAUGGACAUUAGACCGGUGGAAAUGUGUCCAAAUUUGAGAUUUUUGGUUCCAACCGCCAUGUCUUUGUGAGAAGCGGUGUGGGUGAACGGAUGAUCUUUGCAUGUGUAGUUCCCACCGUAAAGCAUGGAGGAGGAGGUGUUAUGGUGUGGGGGUGCUUUGCUGGUGACACUGUCUGUGAUUUAUUUAGAAUUCAAGGCACACUUAACCAGCAUGGCUACCACAGCAUUCAGCAGCGAUACGCCAUCCCAUCUGGUUUGGGCUUAGUGGGAUUAUCAUUUGUUUUUCAACAGGACAAUGACCCAACACACCUCCAGGCUGUGUAAGGGCUAUUUUACCAAGAAGGAGAGUGAUGGAGUGCUGCAUCAGAUGACCUGUCCUCCACAAUCCCCCGACCUCAACCAAAUUGAGAUGGUUUGGGAUGAGUCGGACCGCAGAGUGAAGGAUUUGUUUAACACUUGUUUGGUUACUACAUGAUUCCAUAUGUGUUAUUUCAUAGUUUUGAUGUCUUCACUAUUAUUCUACAUUGUAAAAAAUUGUAAAAAUAAAGAAAAACCCUUGAAUAAGGUGUCAACUUUUGACUGGUACUGUGUAUAUAUGUGUGUUUGUGUGUGUGUAUACAGUGCCUUCGGAAAGUAUUCAGACCCCUUUGACUUCCACGUUUUGUUAGGUUACAGCCUUAUUCUAAAAUUGAUUUAAAUCGUUUUUUCCCUCAAUCUACACACAAUACCCCAUAAUGACAAAGCAAAAACAGGAUUGGAAAUUGUUGCUAUUUUAUAAAAAAUAAAACAAAACUGAAAUAUUACAUUAACAUAAGUAUUCAGACCCUUUACUCAGUACUUUGUUGAAGCACCUUUGGCAGCGAUUACAGCCUUGAGUCUUCUUGGGUAAGACGCUACAAGCUUGGCACACCUGUAUUUGGGGAGUUUCUCCCAUUCUUCUCUGCAGAUCCUCUCAAGCUCUGUCAGGUUGGAUGGAGAGCAUUGCUGCACAGCUAUUUUCAGGUCUCUCAGGAGAUGUUUGAUCGGGUUCAAAUCCGGGCUCUGGCUGGGCCAAUCAAGGACAUUCAGAGACUUGUCCUGAAGCCACUCCUGUGUUGUCUUGGCUGUGUGCUUAGGGUCGUUGUCCUGUUGGAAGGUGAACCUUUGCCCCAGUCUGAGUUCCUGAGUGCUCUGGAGCAGGUUUUCAUUGUCUGUACUUUCCUCCGUUCAUCUUUGCUUCGAUCCUGACUAGUCUCCCAGUCCCUGCCACUGAAAAACAUUCCCACGGCAGGAUGCUGCCACCACCAUGCUUCACCGUAGGGAUGGUGCCAGGUUCUCUCCAGACGCUUGGCAUUCUGGCCAAAUAGUUCAAUCUUGGUUUCAUCAGACCAGAGAAUCUUGUUUCUCAUGGUCAGAGUCCUUUAGGUGCCUUUUGGCAAACUCCAAGUGGGCUGUCGUGCCUUUUACUGAGGAGUGGCUUCCGUCUGGCCGCUCUACCAUAAAGGCAUGAUUGGUGGAGUGCUGCAGAGAUGCUUGCCCUUCUGGAAGGUUCUCCCUUCUCCACAGAGGAACAAUGGAGCUCUGUCAGACUGACCAUCAGGUUCUUGGUCACCUCCCUGACCAAGGCCCUUCUCCCCCGAUUGCUCAGUUUGGCCGGGCGGACAGCUCUGGGAAAAGUUUUGGUGGUUCCAAACUUCUUCCAUUUAAGAGUGAUGGAGGCCACUGUGUUCUUGGGGACCUUCAAUGCUGCAGAAAUGUUUUGGUACCCUUCCCCAGAUCUGUGCCUCGACACAAUCCUGUCUCGGAGUUCUACGGACAAUUCCUUCGACCUUAUGGCUUGGUUUUUGCUCUAACAUGCACUGUCAACUGUGGGACCUUAUAUAGACGGGUGUCUCUUUCCAAAUCAUGUCCAAUCAAUUGAAUUUACCACAAGUGGACUCCAAUCAAGUUGUAGAAACAUCUAAAGGACGAUCAAUGGAAACAGGAUGCACCCGAGCUCAAUUUCGAGUGUCAUAGUAAAGGGUCUGAAUACUUAUGUAAAUAAGGUGUUUCUGUUUUAGAUUUUUUUAUGCAUUGGCAAAACUUUCUAAAAACCUGUUUUCGCUUUGUCCUUAUGGGUUAUUAUGUGUAAAUAUAUGAUGAAAACUGUUUUCCUCGGUGUACAGGUGUCAGAUCUGUUUCUCGGACUACACAGAGGGGGAACUGCUGAGGAUGCUCCCAUGCCUCCAUGACUACCAUAUGCAGUGCAUCGACCGCUGGUUAAAGGUACACGCUUUGUCUGUGGUGCAAUUUAAGCAGGCCACUACACACAAACACAACAUAUUUAGACAGCACCGUGUUACAAUGCAGUUAUGAACAACAGUUGGUGUUCUCGCCCUUUAAAAUGUAAUAAAAUUAACAAUUGAAGCUUGAAUUUGUACAAGGUAAAUGGUAAACUAUAAGAUAACAUGAAAUCUAUUUGAAAAAAUACACCUGGUUGUUUGCUGUUGGCAGGAAAACUCCACAUGCCCUAUCUGCCGAAUUGACAUAUCCGAGUGCGGUGGAGACUGAGCCCGAGUGACCACGGAACAUGACCUCUACCUCAACGGACGUGCCACAUGACAACCUCUCAUGUGUUAAGGUCAUACUGUGUCUUGGUGUUUACAAAGAGCACUAUCUUUGUAAGACUGUUAAGUUAAAUGUUAUACUCAUUGAAGAUCGACAUCCUACAAAAACAUUCACCACCAGAUAUGAGUUAAAAUGUUUUAUUAAAACAUCUGAAUUAUCCACCCACAUGGAGUUGUUCUAUUUGAAUGAGGCAGCUCCGGAUCGCUUCUAUGUUUUAGUAUUC